AUGGACGGGGAGGGAGGGGGUGCGAGGGGGACUGAAGGAGCCGCUUCUACAUCCCCCUCCCGUCGACCUCGCUUCCCCCCUCCUGUCGACCCCUCUUUCCCCCUUCGCUUUCCACCUCCCGUCGACCUCGCUUUCCCCCUCUCGUCGACCUCGCAUUCCCCCUCCCGUCGACCUCGCUUUCCCCCUCCCGUCGACCUCGCUUUCCCCCCCGUCGCCCUCGCCUUCCCGUGCUCACUCUCUUCCCCCUGCUCACUCUCUUUCCCCCUGCUCACUCCUCUUUCCCUCUCUGUUUGUCCCUCAUUCUGUUUCCCCCUGCUCACACCCCUAAUCAGCCCCUACUUUAGACUCGCUGCUGUAGUGCCGUGGGCCACUGUCGCCAUGCGCUUCCCCGCUCCCUCCUCUUCCCCACUCCGCUCGCAUACUCCCCUCUCCCCUCCCUGCCCUCUCUCCCCAUCCUUCCCUUUCCCCCCUCCCUGUCCUGUCUUGUCCCGACUCCCCUCUCUCCUAUCCCACCUCCCUGCCCUGUCCUGUUCCCCCGCUGCCCUGUCCUAUCCCCCCUCUCCGCCCUGUCCUAUCUCCUCACUCCGCCCUGUCUUACCUCCUCACUCCGCCCUGUCCUAUCUCCUCACUCCCUGUCCUGUCUCCUCACUCCCUGUCCUAUCUCCUCACUCCCUGUCCUAUCUUCUCACUCCCUGUCCUAUCUCCUCACUCCCUGUCCUAUCUCCUCACUCCCUGCCCUAUCUCCUCACUCCCUGUCCUAUCUCCUCACUCCCUGUCCUAUCUCCUCACUCCCUGUCCUAUCUCCUCACUCCCCAUCCCAUCCCCUCACCCCUCACCACCGCAGGCGAGCAUGACACUGGCUCAGACAAGCUGCAUGGAUGUGCCGCCUCUUCUUGA